GCAGCGGCGGCCUCCACCCUCCGCGGAACAGCCGUUUUACGACAACUUGUUAUUAUUAUUAUUUUUUUUCAGGGGGGGGGUAAAUUAAGAGCAGCGUGAAAGCGGCCGGGAGUCCGCGCGGUGAACACGCGGGUCUAACGCGCCCGUUCGGCCGGUAAACACCUUUCUUUUCUUUUUUUUUCGAGAGCAUCUGUGUUGGUGUGAGCACCGAACGGACCAAGAGAGCGACGGGACGACGACCAAACCGGUUAGGGUACUAGCUUGUCCUCUGCCCCCCCCCGGCGGACAUUGGUUUCAUCUGGGGGGGACAGAGACGGCGGAGACGUUUUAACGCAACGUCCUGGUGUUCUGUGUUGUCAUGGACACUUAGAAACACGAGCUUUUGUCUCGAGGCGUUCGGCCAUCGCGGGUCCCCGGCGGUGUGACUGCAGGCCGGCUAUUGGUCGGCACACCUCCCGAAGACCCGAGUCCUCGUCACCUCGAGGUAUCUAAUGAAGAAGGACGGACAUUCGUGAUGCCCGCCACAGACUCUGACCCCACAUCGAUGGAGGAGCCCCGUGCAUUGGAGGAAUCGGAAGGGAGCUCCACUAACACUCCUCCUAAGGCCGUCCCUUCCUCAACUCCUCAUGAUCCGACCACCGCGGGACCUAAUCAUUUCCCUCGCGAGACGCCGAUGGCGACGAAAGCCGUCUCCGUGGCGAGCAACGACUGCGCCUCCGCUCGCUCGUCACCCGCUGAAGCGAGCCCGGCCAAGCCGGCCGCAGCGCCGCCCACCGCCUCCGAAGGGGCCGCGGACACCAGCCCAGCUACCUCACAUAUGGCGUCGGCGUCGGACUCCCUGGAGGCCACGGGGUCGAGCCCUGGCAGCGCGUCUGAACCGCCGUCCGCGUUACCGUCGACCACGUAUGGCAAGCCGGGCGCGGGGAAGAAAUAUCCCUCGGUGCUGACCUUCAAGGGCGUCACUGUCACUCUGGAGAACAACAGCGUGUGGGAGCAGUUCUACAGCUGCGGGACGGAGAUGAUUCUCACGAAACAGGGGCGCCGCAUGUUCCCGUACUGCCGAUAUCGCCUGUCGGGCCUGGAUCCCAAUCGACAGUACAGUUUGGUCCUUUCCAUCGUUCCAUCCAACAAGUACAAGUACCGCUGGAGCUCAACCAAGUGGGAAAUCACCGGACGAGCAGAGCAGCAGGGCCAGUGUCUGAGCCGGGCCUUUGCCCACCAUUACUCGCCCGGCCUGGGCACGGAGUGGAUGAACACCUUGGUGUCCUUCUACAAGCUCAAACUGACCAAUCAACCUCAAGACCUCGACGGCUACGCGGUCCUGCACUCCCUGCAUCGCUACAUUCCGCGGCUGCAUGUUAUACCCGUCCCGGACGGGAACGCGCCCUCGCCCGCUCAGCCGGUCGUUAUGGGCCCGGAGAGCAUGACGUUUACGUUUCCGCAAACCGAAUUCAUGGCCGUGACCACUUAUCAGAACUUUCGGAUCACCCAGCUGAAAAUUAAUCACAAUCCGUUUGCAAAAGGCUUCAGGGAUGACGGGAACAACCCCCGUCUGAGCCGAUUGGCUCAGGCUGCUGAGGCGAAAUCUGUGGCGGUGACGGAACCUCAGUCUCCUAGUUUUACACCCGCGGAGCCCAAUAUUCACCUUUUUUUCCGAACACAAGAGUCCAUAAACAAUAAGGAAAAGGAGAAGGUUGUGGAUCUGAGCACAAAGACCUCUGCUUUCUCAAAUGAGCAAGUGACCCGACUGGUCCUGAAGCCCAUCAUGUCUCCCUCCACCGGGGACGACCCGUAUGUCCCCUGUUUAAGAGGCAAGCAUUCCCUUGGCGAGCUUGUGCUUGUCCAAAAACGUCCACUUGUUGACCCCACGGAGAAACCCACGGAGGAGCCCAUGGAAGAACCCUUUACUGCGAUAACCAACGCCCCUGCCACCUCAACGCCGAUCCAGGGAUCAUCGCCCGGGAACCACAGGAGGAGGAAGAAGAUCAAUAGACGUUGGACUAAUUCGAGGGGUAGAGAGUGGAAAGCUGCAGCUGCCUCCCCCACGGUAUUCCACAGCCCGUCAUUGACUGUCGCUAUGCAACCAGAGCUGGAUGAUGUAGAGGGCCUGCUGUUUGUGUCAUUUACCUCAAAGGAAGCUCUUGAGGUACACGUCGGGGACAAGCCAGCCAAUGGCACACCAGUUGUUUCUCCAAUGACACCGAUGGAGUGGAAGGAGAGAGUGGAUGUGAUUCCGGAGACUGAUGAGGAGACGAUUGGACGAUUGGAAGCCAUCCUGCUGCAGGACCUCAGGCUUCUCAAGCACAGACAAGUCAUCCAUCCUGUGCUGCAGGAGGUGGGCAUGAAGUUGAGCUUGUUGGACCCGAUGAUGUCCAUCGACCUGCAGUAUCUCGGGGUUCAGCUGCCACUUUCUGCCCCAAACCUGCCAGAAAUAAGCGAGGCCGUGGCUCCGUGUCCUGGUGACAAAGGUGCGUCCUUCAUCUCCCGGACAGGAAAGACAAGUGACAUGACACAAAUAAAGGGAUGGAGAGACAAGUUCACAAGAAACAAAGAAACGUCUCCUUCUAACUGUGAAGGAUCCCAGAAGAACCUCUCCGCGUUCUGCAGCAACAUGCUGGAUGAGUACCUGGAGAGCGAGGCUCAGUACAUCAGCGAGCGCGCCGCCGCCUUCUCCACAAACUCCGAGGACUCGGUGGCCUAUCAGCUGCCCGUCAAAAGCUCCAGCUACGUGAAAACCCUGGACAGCGUCCUCCAGCACCGAAAAGCCGCUUCCAAAUUCCCCGUUGGGGCCAACAGGCCCUGCCCCCUUUCCCACAAGCCCCUCCUCUACUCUGCCCUGGCGGCGCCAACUCCUCCCCUUUCAAGACCCGAGACCACGAUUCAGGCUGAAGUCCAGUCCGCACAGCCGCCCCCACCCUCGACGCCGGUAGCACAGAGAUUAUCCACGUACCUCCCGGACCUCGGCCAAAGACCAGCCAUGACUCCCAGAGCUUCAGGCCUCACUAAGAACCAGUGCAUCCUGCUGCGGAUGGAGUUGGGAGCCAUGACCAGGGGUCUGAGCAGGACCCAGCUGACUGAAGAACGACUGACGGUGGCUUUGGCUGGUUUGCUGACUAAGCAGAUGCUGCCCAGGGAGGUCUUUAAUGUGACCAAGUAUCCAAAGUACAAAGUGACGCUACCCGAAUGCGGCGAGGAGUUCUGCAUACUGGGCUGCGUGUGCUUGAGUCUGCGGCGAACCAGCAGCGCUCCAUUCCACUGCCGGCGGCCUGAGUGCAUGUUCGGCUGCGCCUGCUUCAAACGCAGGAUCACCAAGCAGCUGAGCCUGGGGGGCCGAGAAGAGCUCAUCCAACCGGUCUACUCUAUGAGUAAUUUGGAAAAUAUGAGCAAACCCCACGCGGGCUCCCGUGCUAAGCGACUGUGGAACCGCCACACUGAAGAAGAGGAUCCAGAACCACUCUUCGCCCCCAAAAAGGCUCCACUGUAUUUCCUACCUCUAAAGAACCUGAAGCGCAGCAGUGGAGCCCAUCUGACCCAACCGAUUCGAGAAGAGGAUAAGGGUCCGGUGUAUAAAUACUUGGAGAGCAUGAUGACGUGUGCGCGUGUGAGGGGCUUCAAGACCUCUCCUCCCCUCAAGCUCACCAUGGACCCCAAGGUCCUGGAUGCCUUCGCAAAGAGCCCCAAAGCACAGCAGCAGAAAACAGGCGCCGACGACCAGCCCAAGAAGCCCCACAGCCCUCUGAUGGUUAAAAAAACUGCAAAAAAGGCCUCUGUGGCGUCCGGUGAAAAAGAAGCAAAAAAGCAAAUCGAGAUCCAGUCGGCGUGUCAGUGGAUGAAGGACCGCCAAAUGGUCCUUGAGGCCUUAUGUCAGCGCAUGAAUCACAACCGGCUGUCUCGGCGCUUCUGGGUCGGACCGUACCGCGUCCGCCCGGUCGCCAAGAUCUUCAUGCGGAAGCCCAGCGGCUCCAUCGUCACCUACAGGUUACACAUCAGUAAACCAUCAAAAGCCAGUGACAUCGAUGGAGAUGAAUCCGAUGACAGCGAUGAGGAAAACCCGCCCGUUAAAAGCCUCAAUGUGGACCUGGAGGCAGAAGAGGACAAAUUCCAAUUUAGAGAGCCAGAUGUGCAGAUCGCAGUCACACCCUUCAUGAUUGGAGUCAUACCUGCUGGCAGGUUAAAGGUCAGGACCAAACCUGUUGGCUGCCAAGCUUCUGGACUCAUACAGGUAAAUGGUAAAUCCUACAAUCAGGCCCGACUGAUGCUGGGGAACAUGGGAUCUCUACAUCCAGCUAACCGCCUCGCAGCAUUCGUCACGGGCCGACUGCGUCCUCCCGGCGGCAUUUCUCUAAAAGUCUCUCGGAAAUCUCACCCUUCAAAGAAAACCGCAACUCCCGAUUCCCUGCACACAAAGCCCGCCGGCGCGGUCGUCCCUCCGGGCACGACGGCACGGGGAGCCGCCGAUCUGAAGCCACCAGCUCACAGGUUCCCGACAGACUUUUGGACGAAGGGAUCGACAAACUCCCUCCAAAACCCCUCCGCCUUCAACCCCUUUGCCUCAUGCCACCGCAGCGCCGCCAACCCCUUCCAGACCAGGUCCAGGUCCUCGCCCGUGUGCCUCACCGUUUCGCCGGCUCUGAAAACCCCCAGCUUCUUGGGACAGAGCGGCACCUACUCAUUCAGGAUCUGCCCUCCGGCCAACCAGAGGACCAGUAGCCGGAACCUGCCGGGCAUCACUCUGCCCGGGGGCUUCACCCUCAUCGAGCUCCCACAGCACAGAGAUGAUGGAGCCGCACCGGAAGCUGUGAGCGCUGCUUGUGCGGAUGAAGCCCGGCCGCAAAAAGAGACCUCGCUUACCUUCGGCCACCCGGCAGCCGGUUCGGCCGCAAAUUGGGGCGGUGCGCAGACUUGUGGCGCGGCUAAGGACCAAUCCGGCCGCACGUCACUGGAGCCAGAGUCCCCCGCCGAGCUGGCGUGUGACGUGAAGAUGCCGUCGGAUGAGAAUAAUGAAAGCAGGGAGGAGGAAUCAAACCCGGAUUUCACCUCCGAGGAUUUCAGCUCCGACUCGGACUCCUCGGACUACUGCGCAGGAGGGUUCGAAGACGAUAGUGAUGUGGAGGUGGACAUUGAGACGGUAGACGAAUGGGCCAUCAAUAAAGUUAAAGAUGCCCUAAAAGCACUAAAGGAGUCUGGAGAAUCCAGCGCUGGUUUAGCAUCACUGACGAAACUCAACGCUAAGGAGUGUAAAGAUAACAGGAGACGGACGAACCACACGGUGCUCGAAAGGCAAAGACGCUCUGAGCAGAGGACCCUCUUCGACAAACUCCAGUCCGUCCUUCCGAGCGACCCCCGGGCCCCCAGGCUCCGCCUCCUCACACUGGCCGUGGAAGAAAUCCAAAAACUGGUGGAGACGUCCCGACGUCUGGAGGAGAGGAAGAGGAGGCUGACUCAGAUGCAGGCCGUCUACGUGAAGGAGCUGUCCCGCUUGUCUGGCAAGUCGGACAUGCUGAUUAAAAACAAGCUGAAGGAGAUCUGCGAGAAGCAGAAAAAGAGAGAAAAGAAGGCCGGAGAGAAGCCUGAGGAGACUGAGGGAGAGAAGCCUGAGGAGACGGAGAAAGAGAAGCCUGAAGAGACGGAGAAAGAGAAGCCUGAAUGGAAGCCGUUCUUCUCCAAUCUUCUCUCGUCCAGAGCUGCUCUCCUGCAAUCCGCUGCUUCUCAGUCCAAGCUGCCGCCCGAACCGCCGUCCCUGGCGAGCUUGAAGACUGCGUCUCUGAACGCGGUCCAAAACAAGCUGAUGUCCCUGCUUCAAUCAAACCUAAACAGGCCUCUUACCCAACCCGGCGCCGCUGCAGCUCGGCUCGAGGCCCCGGCCCCCUCGCUACCCGGCGGUCCCCCUCAGAAGACGUCUGAGGAGCGACUGGAGAAGCAGGUCGGCUGUACCGCCGCCCAAACGCACGCAGCCGCGCCUUCGUCCCAAGCGUCCGCCUCUGGCACGCCCCCCAUUGAAGCCACGACGACCUUUUCUCUUCCUCUGAUUCGCUCCAAAACCGGCAGAAUUAUACUGCCGUCAUCUCUAAAGCCACUUGGUCACGGCUUCUACACACUCAUGGUCAUGGAACCCAGGAAGAAGGGGCAGGAGGGCACAGUGAAUAUGAGUCCUUCUGACGUGGAGGCGUUGGUGAGACAAGCCCAGAGCCUUUCCUCAGGAAGCCCCCGGGCUUUGGAGCAAGGGGGCGCCGUGCAGGCUUCCCCUCUUCCCUCGGGCAUAGCGGCCCUCGUGGCUGAGCUCACCCCCCCUGACAGGUUGGUCAGCAGGCCUUCGGUGGCCCGGCGAGGCGCGAAGAAAAGCCGAAAGGUUUGUGCGGCGGGGGGCUCGGGGAAAAAAAUUCCCGCUACUGCCAAUCCCAACCCCGCCGCCGGCCGCAGCAGAGGCCGGCCCCGAAAGCGGCCCCCCGCCAAGCCUCCCGGUGGGGACGCCGGUAGAAGUGAAACGUCUCCUCCGGUCGAAGGGGGACGAAACCAAAGAAAGUCUUCCAAAGGGACCAAGACACCAGCUCCGGGGCCGGCAGGCGGCGGCGACGACGGCGACGGCAGCGGCCCCCCAAAGGUCAAACGACCCAGGGGACGGCCCCCGAAGAAGAGGUCGCCACAGCUGUGGAGUCCCCCCGUCUCGCGCUCAGCAAGUCUCCCGUCCGACUGCGGCCGCGGCAGUCCGUCCCUCGGUAGCUCCGGGUCCAAGCGCAGGGCGGCGGGAGACGGCGGCGCGUGUCGGCCGCUGACCCGCGGCUCUCUGGGGAAGGACUUCCCCAGCGCAAAGAAGCGCUCCUGGAUAGACGUGGAGAAGGAACUGGAAGCAGAAGCGGAACCGGAGAUCAAAUCCGAUUUUGAAUCCGAAUCCGAGUAAUCCGUCUUCCUGCAGAUGUGUUUUUUUUUUUUUUUGGUACAAAGAAUAUAAGAGAAAGCAUUAACUGACCGGCUGAAUGUUUGAACAAAGAUGAACGGUGACUCCCGCAUUCCGCUUCGAUAUCGAUUUCUAAGAUGCUUUUCUGUCACUUACAUUCUUCUUCACUUUACUCAACCGGCAAAAUGAGAUUCAUUCAAAUCAUGAUUUUGUUGUCGCAGUAUUUUUUUUACUGAUCUGUCCUAUGCAAAUAAACUAAAAGUACAAGUUUCUCAGUACUGACAACUGCUUCAUUAACUCGGUCAAAAUUAAAUGUUAACUUAUGUAUUUUCCAUUUUUAUUGAGAGCUAGUUUGACGCAUUUAUCCCUCCAUGAAAGUGUUUUUCCGUUAUUAACUAAGUGAAAAUCAUACGUAGUAGCACUUUAUGUUUUCGGUAGAACCCACCCAUGAUUUCUUUGCUGUAGUCUGUAUAGUAGUGGUUUGUAUUCUGGGGAGUCAAAUGCACAUAAACCUGAUGUGUCACAAGCAAUCAAAAGACGCUUUUUGCUAUAUAUUGUAUCUAUGAAAAUAAUCUCUGUAAAUAUAUUUCUUUUGGGUUUGUUUUUUUUAUUGCGAUGCAUCUACUAUGUGGAUGAUUUUGAAACACUGGUCCCGUUGCUUUUGUUCAAUUGAAGAUGUAAAAAUCAAUGUGUUCUUUAUAAUCAAUAAAAACAUGCAUUUAUUACCGCG